AGGCUUCCCAUAGUUCCAGAAAAGAGAGUAGCAUCCUUCUCCAGCUGCUACAUAUCACUUCAAAGUAUUGGAAGACAAUGAAAAUGAAAACUGUUUAUUUUGUUGCUGGGCUGCUUUUAAUGAUAGUUCAAGGGAGCUGGCAAAAUCCUCUUCAGGAUACAGAAGAGAAAUCAAGAUCAUACAAAGCUUCCCAGUCUGAACCAUUAGAUGAAUCUAGACAACUGAAUGAAGUGAAACGUCAUUCACAAGGAACAUUCACCAGUGAUUACAGCAAGUACUUGGACACUAGACGAGCUCAGGAUUUUGUGCAGUGGCUAAUGAGUACCAAAAGAAAUGGACAACAGGGACAGGAGGACAAAGAGAAUGAAGAAUUCCCGGACCAGCUCUCAAGCAAUGCAAUCUCCAAGCGUCAUGCUGAAUUUGAGAGACAUGCUGAGGGCACCUACACCAGUGAUAUCACCUCUUAUUUGGAAGGUCAAGCCGCCAAAGAGUUCAUUGCUUGGUUAGUGAAUGGACGAGGAAGAAGAGAUUUCCCAGAAAAAGCUCUUAUGGCCGAAGAAAUGGGCCGAAGACAUGCAGACGGCACUUUCACGAGUGAUAUCAACAAAAUCCUUGAUGAUAUGGCUGCCAAAGAGUUCUUAAAAUGGCUGAUUAACACAAAAGUUACCCAAAGGGACCUUUUGGGAGAAUACUAGUAAAAAACACCAACAACAAAACAAAACAAAAAUGGGAUAAACGAAGAUCUUCACUGCAUCAAAUGCCAGCUAUUAAGAGAUUCUGAAAUCUGUAUUCUGUCAUUUAUGUUGGAUGUAACAUAAAGCUAUGUCACCUUGCAUGCCAGGGAAUAAUUGUACUAUGUUUAGUGUUGCCAAAGGAUUAUAUGUAGAAAAUCUGUUGUCUUAAUACGUUUAAGACAAUGAAAGUUCCACAUUCUCAUAUUUCCUAUUUAUUAGAACCAAAAUAAGUCCAUUUACAUUUAAUCAUGAAAUUAUUUUUCUCUAAAGUUGACUUCUACAUAGAAAUGCUUCAACCACAAUUAUAUGUAUUAUUUGUUAAGGGGCUGGCAGUUAAAAUGUCUGAGAAGUGAAUAUCCCUCUUGAAACCUUUGUUAUAAAAAGGCUAAGCUUUAAGGAUAUUAAAUGAUAGCCUUAAAUAAAUUUUUUCAAGCUUC